CUCCAACACUCCUCGAGAAUAACCAAAUCCACAAACCAACAGCAACUACAGACAUCAACACCACCACCCAACAUAACAUGUCUCACAACAACGCCAACGACGCCCAGGGAGGCCAGCUUCCGACCUUCCACCUCUUCCCGGCCCUCCCUACCGAGCUCCGGCAAAAGAUCUGGAAACUCGCCCUCCUCGCGCCACUCAUACACACCCCCAUCCCCUGGCUUCACUUAGCACCCUUCUGGACCUUCCCCGUCCGUGAGCAGCGGGAAGCCGAGCUCCGGGACCGGGGAAGUACGGUCGCCGCGGGAGUGGGUGGAUCUGAGGGCGGACAAGGGCGUGGUCUGCUUCUGGCAUCAGAACAGCAUGCCUGGCUUGUUCCAUGGAUAUCACUUUCAUUGCCACCCGCGGCUGGUGCCCUCCAUCUCGAGGGAGGACGCGCUGCUGCUCGAGCCGACUCUGAAUUCGAGGAGGCUGGGCACGAUCCGGCCGUUGGCGUGGUCCGUCCUGACCACAGAGCACGACGAAGCCCCAUGGGUCGUGCCCGCCACGGUCCACUGCGACGUCCUGGCGGCGGCGUGGUCGUCUUGUUGGUGCACCGGAUUGUUCGUCGCCUCUGAUCAUCAUCCGCUGACCCGUCCACGCCGUUGCUGUCGAGAGUUCAAGCGAGACAUCUUCGACUUGUUCGACCGCCACCCAAAGCUGCACCUCUUCGACCCCACCAUUGAGCCGAGCCGGCCGGUUACCUCGAGUGAUGCCAUGCUCCGGUUCCGUGGCACGGACGCCACAUACUACCAGGUCGACUUCGACGAGUAUGAUCCCGACACAUCGCCCUGGGUCGUCAAGCCACUGACCAGAGGCGACAUGAACGUGCUGGAGUAUGCGCGCUCCCUGGACGACCUGCUCUACUGCGGUUGAGGCGUAGGGGAGUCCUCUACCCCUGGGGCUGAGACGCCGGAAAAUGAGGUCACCAUCCACCCUGCUUUGAGAUUGGAUAGC